CGGAUGAUGUCAGAGUAGGUCAGUCGAUAUAUUGUAUUCGCUCGCAGUAACAUCAGCUGCUUCAGUCCAUCUCUAAAAACCACGUCAAGUUUUGUUUUGUACACAAUUUCACAAAUUAAAUAUCAGUUUCGGAAAACAACCACAUCUUGCAUUCUGAUUUAGCUGCAAGAUGGCGUACGUUGAUCAAAACGGCCGCUUGUGGGAGAAACGUCCUUGGGACCUAAAUCGUGUCUUGGCCUUAUUCGUGGGUAUUUGGUUUGCCAUUAAACAACUAUUUGCCUCGUUCCUGUCGCCCUUCACUGGCAACGAUAACAACGGUGAUAACUCCCGUCGCGGAAAUGGUUGGGGAAGUAGUAGCUGGGGCGGAGGCGGUGGUGGCGGAGGAGGCGGUGGUGGCGGCGGUGGAGGAGGUGGCGGUGGCUACGGUGGAGGUGGAUUAAGACCCAAUCGUCGUAUUGGUCGCAUUCCACCGCCAUCUCAAUCCUGCAGUGCCGGUGGAUGCUGUGGUUAGCCAAAUAGUUCAAACGUUUUGGUCUAAGCUGCUAAGCCAGAAUGAUUAAACGCUUUACCCCAAAACUCCUAUCUCACCACAGUGUUGCAGCAAUUAAACUAUAUUUUUUUCGUUUCUAUUAUAUUAAAGGUCGAUUUUAGUCUUAAGGUUUUGGAUAUAAUGAGAAAAAUUUAUAAUACUAUAAAUAUACAAUAAUAAACUUGGUAAUUUCACAACUUA